AUGUCGAGAACGCGAUUUGAAAUCGAUAAAAUAUUGUAUUUCUCUGACUGUGCUGCAAAGAUAUUCAGAAUGAAAUUGUUAACUUUGUUGGCGCUGUGCGCCUUUGCUGCGGCGGCUCCGAAAACUGGAAAAGAUGUCGCCUUUGAUUUUCACGUUGAGAAUUACCAGGAAGACCGAAAUAUUCUGAUCAAUAUGCUGAUAAGACAGCUUAUCGCCUACCUUCGUCACGUCAUUAACAAUGGAUCAGCCAUCUUCGGACUACCACCCUUGGAUCCCUUGGACUUGGAUCACUUUCAUCUAGUAAUACCAGCCGGACUAAUAAACCUAGACCUAGAGCUCAAAAACGUGAAAAUGUUGGGUCUUGGUGGCUUUGUUGUUCACAGGAGCGUUCUUCAGUUGUCCGAUCUGUCUUUUGACAUUGAUAUUUCAGUUCCCAAGCUCGACUUAAGUGCUGAAUUGUACGACCUUACCGGCGAUAUAUUCAACGCUAUCCCGCUUUAUGGCAACGGAAAAGCAAUAUUCCUGGUUGAGGGAUUCCGGAUUCGGGCGAAACUUUUCCUAAAACAAUCCGACGAUGAAAAAUCUGUUAUUAUAGACAGAAUUGAAAAUGCUUCCUUUGAACUUCCGAAUUUCAAGUCGGAAUUAAGCGGUGCAAUCGGCGGCGGUGACAUAGACUCCAUCGUUAAUGCCCUUAUAGAAGAGGUCAUUGUUGAUUAUAUUAACCGCUUCCAAGGUGUAAUCUCGAAAAUUGGCUCUGAAGCAUUGGUGACAUUCGCGAACCCGUUCUUAGACCAGCUCGACACGUGGAAGUACAUAGAGAGACUCAUC